AACUGGAGUGGAUCCUAGAUCACAUAUACAUUAUAUAAUCACUGCACGUACUGGGGACACACACUUGAGUGUAUCUUAGAUCACAUACAUCUUAUAUACUCACUGCAAGUACUGGGGACACACAGUGGAGUGGAGGGUCACACUGACAUACAGUAUACUCACUAGAAUGACUGGGGACACGCAUACUGUACACAUUAAAGUAGUGCACACAUGAAUACUGCAUAAAGGGAAAACGCAGCAGGCAGGACUCACACAGACACACUCAAGGUGGCAGACACAAGAAGCAGCAGCACUCAGAUACACACCCACUCACUGGGUGGAGGCAUCUGCUGGGUGCAUACAGACACACUGGCACAGACAGUCACUCCUGCAAAGCCAGAUUCCCCGGCUCUGCCUGGGCUCAGGUUCUCCACAGGGGUCCCUCCUGCAGCAGGCUGCCAGCAUGGUUGUGUUCAGACUGAUAGCAAUGGGAUUUUAUCUCCAGCUUUUCCUCUGUUUUGUCCUUUCUCAGACUUCCUUCAUGGACAGUGUCUUCCCAAUUCCUGCAGCUUUUCCUUCCUUUGAUCAAAAGAAACGAAGUACCAGUCAAGGAUGUUGUCUCUUAUCGCCUCCACCACCACCGAUCUUCCCACCUCCACCGUUCUUCAGAGAACGUAGGAAUACUAUAUAUGACUUGGAUUAUACAAAUUCACAGCUGGAGUUAAAGCCAACUAUUCCAUUGUGUGUGCCAGGCCCGCCGGGCCCAGAUGGACCUCCUGGACCACAGGGUCCUCCAGGGAUUCCAGGGAUAGCCGGACCAAAAGGAGAAAAAGGUGAAAUUGGCAGGCCGGGAAGAAAGGGCAGGACUGGUCCCCCUGGUGUCCCGGGAAUGCCAGGUCCUAUAGGACCACACGGAGCAAUAGGACAGAAGGGUGAAAAGGGGGAUUCUGCAUCUCUGGGAGUGACAGGCUCAAGAGGACCAAUGGGCCCCAAGGGUUUUCCUGGCAUGAGAGGAGAAAAGGGUGUGAAAGGUGAUACAGGAAUAAAUGGUCCCAAAGGUGAACAGGGUUUUAUGGGCCUCCCAGGAAUGCUUGGGCAAAAAGGAGAGAUGGGCCCAAAAGGUGAGCAAGGAGUUCCUGGAAAUAGAGGACCUACCGGGAGACCAGGGAAACGAGGCAAACAGCGGUUCCUGAAAGAUCAGAGGAUUUGUUGCCAGUGGAGGAGAUGCUGGAAUAUCUCCGGACGAUGCUCCCAAAAUGUUAGGGGAGAGAAGGGUAUGACUGGUGCCAUGGGAAUUAUGGGCCCUCCUGGUAGACCAGGUUCUACUGGUCCACCUGGACCUCCAGGACCAGGGCAACUAGUUGUUGGACCAAAAGGAGAGAGAGGAGUACCUGGACCUCCAGGUAGAUGUCACUGUAAGCACCCUCAGUCUGUGAUUGAAGAGUCAGUUAAUGGAUACAACUCUGCCAAGAUAUUUCUCGUCAACAGUCAGGAGGAGCUGGAUAGUUUGGACAUUGACAAUGCAUUAGCAUUUCGUAAGGACUUACGAUCCCUUUAUUUCAGACACACAAAUAGGUGGUUUCCUAUACAGCCGGUUUCUUCCUUAUCUGAUGCCAGUGGCACCUGUGGAGAUGGAAUUGUACAACUCGGGGAGGAAUGUGAUGACGGUAAUAAAAGUGCCACAGACAGCUGUAUAGAAUGCAAGCGUGCCUAUUGUGGGGAUGGCUUUCGGCAAGAGGGGUUAGAAGAAUGUGACGGCAAAGACUUUGGCUAUCACUCAUGCGGAACAUAUCUACCAGGAUCUUAUGGACAAUUGCGAUGCACUAUCUAUUGCUACAUUGACUCUACACAAUGCCGAUAUUUUACAUGAAAGGCAAGAGGAAAUGGGUUAGAGUGUUUUCGCGAUGUCACACAUACAUCAGGUGCUAUCGUAAAAGAAAUUCAACAAGACUGGGCAAUAUGCUAAACCUAAAGUUUAAGUGAAAGAAUUUGCUGCUAAUGGCUUUUUGAGAAUUGUAAUAAUCAUGUCUGACUGAGAGAAAUAGGACCACUGCAUCCUGUCUUACUAUAACACGCCAAACGGUACUUGCCAGCAACACCUGUUCCCAACACACCUGAAUAGGAAGAACCCUCACGGGAAUGUUAACCUCUGGGAGAACAAAUCUCAAAUCAACAGGAAUAUUAUAUAUAAGACAACAUUACCUCGACUUAGCACUGUUAAAUGUGAAAAUGAAUCCUUUUUUUAAGUUUGUUUUCUGUUGACUUGUAUUAAAUGAACACCAAAUUAUUCUGA